AUGGUCAGCCUAACAAAAUACAACAUCGCCAUCUGUCUCGUUGUCGCCUGGGGCGGUUUCAGUUAUGGCUUUGGCUUCGCAAUAUUUGUUACGAGUAUUGGCCAGCCAGGGUUCUACCAGUACUUCAACCUUGAUCGUGAUAUCCUUGGGGCAAUUAAUGCCUUAUUCAACUUCGGGCUAGCAGUCGGUGCCAUUGCACAAGGGUGGUUGGCUGAUGUUCUGGGAAGGAAAAGAGCAUUCAUAUUGGCAGCGGUCUGUUCCCUGGUGGGGGCUGCUCUGAUUGCUGGGUCAGUCGCCAUUGGUAUGAUAAUAACGGUUCGAUUGCUGCACGGAUUUGGUCUAGGCAUGUUGAUAUGCCUUGUGCCGCUCUACCUGACCGAGGUUGCCCCUCCGCAUCGUCGUGGGUUGUUAUCAGGACUCACUACCUUGAGUUUUGGAAUGGGCUAUGUCACGUGCGCAUGGCUAUCGAUCGGCACUUACUAUGCCACCGACCUUACUGUACAAUGGAGAGUUCCACUAGCUCUGGCCUGCGUCGGACCUCUUGCUCUUCUGAUAGGACUACCAUUUGUUCCCGAAUCUCCACGUUACCUCUCAUUGAAAGGUCGAAAUAGCGAGGCCUGGGAAGUUGUUCAGAAGCUUCACCACGAUCCAUCCGACCCAGAGGAUUCCGCAGCGCAUGCAGAAUUCACCCAAAUCGUGCGACAAGUCGAGUUUGACAAAGAGCAGAAAUCUGGGUAUAUUGAUAUCUUCAGGAAGCCAUCAUGGAGAAAAAGAGCCUUGCUUGCAAUGUUUCUUCAAUUUGCAGCCCAAUCUACAGGAAUUCUUGGUAUUGCGAACUUCUUGAUUCUCAUUUUCACAAGCUUGGGCAUGACAGGCGUCAUGCCGCUACUACUCUAUGCUGUCUACUCUACAAUUGGAACGAUCUGCGUUCUUAUUGCAAUUUUGACCGUCGACAAGAUGGGUCGCCGAACAAUGUUCCUGGUCGGGUUUCCACUGCUUGCUCUCUGUCUCCUCCUUGAAGGUGUUCUACAGGCCAAAUAUUUAGGGACUGAUAACAAGGCUGGACUGGCAGCUUGCGUCGCUGUUAUCUAUCUCUACAUCGUUUGUUUCCAACUUGUAGACGGCCCAGCCUUUAUUUGGGUUUCAGAGAUCUUCCCAACCACGAUUCGUGCCAAGGGGAACAGUCUUGGAUUCUUCAGCUACUUCGUCGGUGCCAUCACCUACACCACACCGUCUGCACUUGCCUUCAAGAAUAUUAAAUACGGCAUGUACUUUCUAUACAUGGGCCUGUGCAUCAUCUCCACUGUCGUGGUCUACUUUUACAUUCCCGAAACCAAGCAAAUCCCCAUUGAGGAGAUUGGAGCCUUAUUCGGAGACGAAGUUGUCGUUCAUCUGACUGCCGAUGGUCAUGGUAUUGUCGAAGAGGGUAAGGAGGUUAAAGUUGAGGGGAGUGCCACCUUUAUUCACUCAGAGAAAGCCUAG